AUGUACAGACAAGAAUGCGUUUUCGAGGUAGAGCUCGUCGACUAUGGUAGUAACACACCAACCGCUGUGCGAUUAUCCAAACAAGUGGCACGGUCGAGAAUCCGUGAGAUUCAGUCUCCUAAAAAAGCUCUUCUCCAUUUCAUUCACGAUAAUAGCAUAGAAGAAGAUAUGCUACCGGAAAGUAGUGCGUCGCAAAGGUCUCAUUAG